UAUAAUUCAGCAAUAUCAUCACGUCAUACAGCCACCGGCGCAAUACCACCAAGAAAAAAACUAUUUGUGAAUCGAAAUGCACGAUUACACGAUUUAGAAAAUCGUUAUAAACAACAAACCUUAACACUAGAAGAAUAUCUUGAAAAAGUGAUGCGAUUAAUUGGUAUCAAAAAAGUUUGA